AUGACAUUGUUUGAUGACAACAACGAAGAUUUUUUAUUCACAACAGCCAGUGAGCACAACUUCGUUUAUGACUAUGAUGAAGAAUCAAGUGGAUUGUGCAGCAGAACAGAAGUUAGACAAUUUGCUCAGUAUUUUAUUCCACCUUUCUACAUGAUUGUAUUCCUGUCAGGCUUUGUAGGGAAUAUUUUGGUAGUGGUGCUAUUUGCUUUCUACAAGAGAAUGAGAAACAUGACAGAUGUUUAUCUUCUAAACCUGGCCAUUGCUGACCUCCUCUUCCUCUGCACUCUACCAUUCUGGGCACUAGAUGUAAAAUUGGGAUGGAUAUUCGGAAACUUCCUGUGCAAAACGAUUAAGGGCUUUUACAAGAUAAACUUCUUAAGCUGCAUUUUAUUGCUGACAUGCAUCAGCAUUGACCGAUACAUCGCUAUUGUUAAAGCAAUAAAGGCACGUGCCUCAAAAAGCAAAAUACUUCUUCACAGCAAACUAAUCUCUCUAAUUGUUUGGGUAACCGCGGUAUUGUUGUCUCUCCCCGAUUUUUGUUACAGUUCAAAAGAUGAAGCCCUAAAGAGCUGCUUAACAGUCUAUCCAGGGAAUAUUCUGAAAGCAGCAGGGUUUGCAAUGCAGGCGACUGUUGGUUUCUUUGUGCCUUUUGUUGUCAUGGUAUUCUGCUACUCCAUGAUCACUUGGAAACUGCUUCAGGCCAAAAGCUUUCAAAAGCACCGAGCUAUAAAGAUGAUAGGGACAGUGGUGAGCGUUUUUGUCAUUUCACAAUUACCGUACAACAGCAUCAUGAUAGUGCAAGCUAUAGAUGCUGCCAAUAUCACAAUAACGGACUGCAAAACCCUUAAGAAUGUGGAUUUUGCCACCCAGAUCACACAAAGCAUAGCUUUCCUGCACUCCUGCCUGAACCCAUUCUUGUAUGCAUUUCUUGGGGUAAAGUUCCGUCAGGAUUUGUUGAAAAUUAUGAAGGAUAUAGGCUGCGUGAGCCAACGGCAGCUCAGGAGAGUGAUGAGACCACAACAGGGCAGCUGUAAACGCUCUUCUGCCCACUCAGAAACAGACACUACAGGGACAUUGUCCUUGUAAAUACCAUUUAUAGAAGCAAGACAUUAAGAAGCUGCAGGUCAGGUGCAUAAAUAUUUCCAGAUUCCAGCUCCUUGGUGAAUCAAAACAUCUGGUACUUGAAAGGAAAGAACAGCUGAAAAAGAGUAUUUUUUCAUAUUUUUCUAAUUUGACAGUGUUCACCUAUUAGAAACGGUAAAGCAGUUCUACCAUCAUUAUAAGAGAAAUUAAUAUUAAUAGAGUUGAACUGGGAGAACUCUUAAAGUCUUUUUAAAAGGCUUUUUAAAGUCUUAAUGAGUCUUAAAUCUCUUAAUCAUCUGCAGAAAACUAAAAGUAACACUGGGCUGUUAUGUGGCAGAGUGCUGCAGUAUUGAAUCAGCAGCACCACGAAUGGAAAGGAAACUGGCUGGCACUUGUAACUCCCCAACAUGGUGAGCCCCCAGUAGGAUUGCAUGCAGUGGACAAAGUAAUAUCACAGAAUGAAGGAAAUAAAUCUGUACCCCUUAAGGAUUCAUGUCAAGGAUGCCAUUAACAACAGUAGCUGGGGAGCAGGCUGCCCAGUGGCUCUCUCAGUUAGUGACAGGGGAGAAUCAGAUGGCGAAUAUUUCUUCAAAAAACAAUGGCCAGAAUUUUAUGCCCAGCAUGCGGGUGCACACCUGAGCGUAAUAUGAUGCAUGAUGACGUUGGGCGUGCGUCCCAAUGUCAUCGUGCGCUUGUGCGAUAUUUCGUUCAGCAGGGGAACGCAGCAGAUAAUUGGAAGGCCUAUUAAGGCCACUAACAAGCUAAUUAAAAUCAAGUUCAACCAUACGGUCGGUGGGGCAGGAGGAAAGGCCAAGCGGCCUUUACAUUUUUUUAGGAAACCUCAUCCACAAGCGGGAUGAGGCUUCCAAAAGCAAAUAAACAUUAACUGAAAACUUUAUUUUCGAGUUAAAAAUAUGUUCCAGCUCAUGUGACAGUCACAUGAAGGGACAUGUUUUAAAAU